UCAAUAGAUCAAUCAUGUUAGUUGUGGGGUAAUAAAAAAGUUUGAGACGGCCUAUCUCCAUGGAUCUUUGCCUUUGCCAUAUCCUCAAAGCUUUUUAAGCUUCUCAUUCUCCUAACAAUUCUGGUAAGCAAACCCUCCUUUUAAUAUAUCAUUCCAUUCCAUUCAAAUCGAGGUCCUUUUAGGGUUUGGGUGUUUUAUAACAGGAACAAAGUAAAAGACAGAAAGUGCCAACGUCAGACACUAAAAGAAAAAUUAUUAAAGAAAUAAUAAAGAGAUGGUUGAAAAGAAAAUUGUUUAUGAUGAAUCAAGUAGGAUUGGGAUUCUUCUUUAGUCUUUGCCCACAUCUCUCUCUCUCUCUCUCUCUCUACUUUUGCAGAAUUGUUAUCAUUUUUGGGUUUGCUAGCUUUUUUUAUGUAGCUUCUUUUAUUUUUCUUUUUUUAUCUAAUUUGCCACCCCCCUUCCUUGGUCUGCCACUACAAUCAUCACCUUCUGUACACUAUUAUCUACAAGACCCAGCUACUGAUAUAUAAUUUCUUUCAUUUUCUUGCUAUCCCUAAGUAGGGUUAUAUAGAAAAAAAGGAAGGAAUAUAGAAGAGGGUUAUAGGGUAGUGAAGAGGAUUUAGAGGAAAAACCAUCUUAUUGUCUGGUCUUUCUAAGUUUGAUUGCAUGGUAAGCUCCUAGAUAGUUUUAGUGAGAGAGAGAGUUUGCAAAGAGAUAUAUCUGAAUUGGGUUGCAGUGUUGCUCAGACAAGCAAUCCAUGGCUAGAUAGCGACUUGGAGAAUAACCCAUCAUCAUCAUCAUCUCUUCACGAGAUUUUGCUUUUACUACCCAAUGAAUGAUGCCUUUCUGUGUCUGUAAUUCACUGCCACCUGUGCAUCUACAAAGCUGUGUUUAGUUGUGUCCAAAGCCGGGAUUCUCUAUUUCUGGGGCUGCCCUUACUUACUCUUCUUGUUGUUUCUUCAAAGGUGCAAAGUGGGAACUUGGAGAAGGGUUAAAGUGGUAGAAAGUUAUCAAACAAAAACAAAGAAACCGUGUUUUUUUUCCCUUGGAGUUUUCUGCUUCACAGGCAUGUUCCCUGCAGCCAUGUCCAAUUCAACUUCUUUGUCUGAGGACGCUAGUGCUUCUUCCGGUAAUAGAGUUCAGGAUUUUUGCUGCUUAAAUCCAGUGGUUUCCACCGUUUCUCCUCAGCAGCAGCAGCAACCCAAGAUCAAGAAGAAGAGAAGCCUACCAGGAAACCCAGACCCAGACGCUGAAGUGAUAGCAUUAUCUCCAAAGACCUUACUAGCUACCAAUAGAUUUGUGUGUGAGAUCUGCAACAAAGGGUUUCAGAGAGAUCAGAAUCUUCAACUUCACAGGAGAGGCCACAACCUUCCGUGGAAGCUGAAGCAACGAAACAGUAAAGAGAUCAAAAAGAGAGCCUAUGUUUGCCCUGAACCAUCAUGUGUUCACCACCAUCCUUCAAGGGCUCUGGGUGACCUCACGGGCAUCAAGAAACACUAUUGCAGAAAACACGGAGAGAAGAAAUGGAAGUGCGAAAAGUGUUCAAAGAUCUAUGCUGUUCAAUCAGAUUGGAAGGCUCACUCUAAAACUUGUGGAACUAGAGAGUAUAGAUGUGACUGUGGAACCCUUUUCUCCAGGAAGGAUAGCUUCAUAACCCACAGGGCAUUCUGUGAUGCAUUAGCAGAAGAAAGUGCAAGGCUCUCAGCUCACCAAUUAGUUUCCACAAAUCCUACAGCCCAAUCUCUUCUUCUACAAAACCCACAACCCCACCCUUCUUUCUUCCCCCUCACUACCCACCACCAUCAUCACCUUUCCCUCAACCCUUGGGACCCACCUCCUCAAAACCCUAGCAACCCUCAAAACCCAGUUCAUAUCAAGCCUGAAACUCACCAUUUCCAGCUUCCACCGCUCUUCCAAGAACUGCCACCAUCCUUGCCAACCCAUAAGGGUUUGAUAGCCUCAUCCUUCCAAAGCCUAUCAAACCCUGCCGCGUCAGCAUCAUCGCACCACCUGUCAGCCACUGCAUUGCUCCAAAAGGCUGCAACGGUGGGUGCAACUCAGACAGCGGGUCACAGUCACAUGACCCAAUUGGAUAUGGGCGAAUUGGGGGCGGUGAGUCAGGCUGCGGCUGACUCAGUGAGUCAAAUCUCCCAUCAGGGUUCUUACCUGGGCAAUCUGGCCGCGUGGCAGAAGAAUGACCGUUUGACAAGAGACUUUCUGGGUCUGACAGGAGAUGGCCACGCUGGCAAUGGCAAUGGCAAUGGCAGUGGAAACAUGGCGAAUGGGAAUGGCGGUGUUAACGUUAGCAUGAAUGUGAGGGAAAUGCUAACGUAUGCAGGUGGAGUAGGGUCGCAGCAAUACAAUCAGAGAGACCAUGCAUUGUUGAAACACCAUGGUUUUGGAUUCCCCCAGCCUCCGGCCUCAGAAACGUGGGGUGACUGCUAAAUGCAGAAAAAGGGUAAAAUAGUAAUUCAGCUCUUGCUUCCCCAUGACAGAAAUACCCUCAGUCUCCUUGCCUAAGCAAAAAUAAGGAGAAGGGUUUGGAGAAGGUUUUAAAGAAGGAUCGAUCUCCUUUCUUGUUAUGUGAUGACUCUCAUCUUUUAUACUUCAUAUUUUCUUUCAGACAUUUCUAAAUGCUUUGAUGCUUUUCAUUUCUCA